AUGUAUGCAAAAGGAUCAAUAAACAAUAAUGGGUAACAUGCAAAAAUUGAUUUCACCAUUACUAUUAAAUAUUGAUGCAUAUGCAAAUUAAUAAGAAGGCUACUUAGGGCAUCCCUUCCUAUUGAUACACACAUCGCAAAGUUUUAGGAGAGGGGAUGAUUGUUUUCCAUGAAAAGCCAACUUUCUCUUGUAUGCAAAGGCACAAAAAUGAACUUAUCCUAGAAGAUCUAGUCACUUAGUAAUUCAUGAAAAGUAGCCAUUAAAGAGAACAAAUAAGAGAGUGAAUAAAAGUAGGGGACUGCUUUUCGGUGCCACUGCCACCUCCAUCUCUUCACCAAACCCCGCAAUGAAUGCUACACGGUUUUAAUUGAGAGAGAGGGAAAGAGUCUAAGCAUAAGCUGACUUUUGGCAAGCAAUGAGUAAAUGCUGUUUGCUAUCCGUUUUGACUCUUUUGGAUGCAAAUCCCUUUUACCUCAUUCCUCAGGUCAGCGUAAACACCUCCUUCCGGGGUCUCUUCUCUAUAUAUAGACAAGGCAAACCCCUGCCUUUGAGGCUUGUCUGUCUCAUCACCAUUUCUCUUAGGAUAUACAAUUAGAAAUAGAUUUCAAACUCUAGCUAGAGCUGAAGUUCUAGCUAUAUAUCAAGAUAAAUAUUACACUCAAGACCCUUUUUUUUUUUUGAGAAAAGAAUCAAAUCAAAUCUUCUUCUUCAUCAACUUCUCUUAGAGUACUACUGUGUCUGUUAGUGAUCAGAGUGAACAAAGUGGACAUGGGUAGACCUCCUUGCUGUGACAAAAUCGGUGUGAAGAAGGGACCAUGGACUCCUGAAGAGGAUAUCAUACUGGUCUCUUAUAUUCAAGAACAUGGUCCAGGAAAUUGGAGAUCAGUUCCUACUAAUACAGGUGCAAUAAAUAUACCGACAUCUUUUCUUUAUUGUUUGCUUAGAUGCAGCAAGAGCUGUAGGCUUAGAUGGACUAACUACCUCCGGCCAGGUAUUAAACGAGGUAACUUCACUGAACAAGAAGAGAAGAUGAUAAUCCAUCUCCAAGCUCUUUUAGGCAAUAGAUGGGCUGCCAUAGCUUCCUACCUUCCUCAGAGAACAGAUAAUGACAUAAAAAACUAUUGGAAUACCCAUUUGAAAAAGAAACUGAAAAAGCUCCAAACAGGCGUUGAUGGCCAAAAUCAAGAUGGGUUCUCUUCUUCACAAUCGGUCUCUAAGGGACAGUGGGAGAGAAGGCUUCAAACAGAUAUUCGGAUGGCUAAACAGGCUCUUUCUGAGGCUUUAUCACUUGAUAAACCAAACUCUUUAACAGACUCAAAGGACUUAAACCUCUCUCACCCUUACUCGAGACCAUCUCAAUCUCAAGCAUCUACUUACGCCUCAAGUGCUGAAAACAUAUCCCGGUUGCUCCAAAACUGGAUGAAAAAUCCACCAAAACCGGCUGCUCAUCAAACAAAUUCAGCUGAAACAAUGACUCAGAAUUCCUUCAACAACACAACCACAGCUGGCUCCAUCUCUAGCGAAGAAGGUGCACUCAGUGCAACUACAGCUGAGGGUUUUGACUCUUUUUUUAGCUUCAACUCUUCUAAUUCAGAUAAUGUUUCUCAUGAAUCUGUCUCGGUGGAUCAGAUCCCCAAUUUGACACCUGAAAACAGCGUCUUUCAAGAUGAAAGCAAGCCCAAUUUGGGGGAUCAAGUCCCUCUCACAUUGAUAGAGAAAUGGCUGUUGGAUGAUGGUUCAGCUCAGGCUCAUGAAGACCUAAUUAACUUGUCUUUAGAAGAUGGUGCUGAGUUGUUUUGAACAAAAAAACAUUAACUUAUUAUAAUCAGGGUCUCUUUGUUUUAGGUGGGUUUUUAGACCUUUUCUUAAUUUCUAGUCCAUAAGCAGAAGGAUAACACCCUCUAUGGGGAGAAGCAAGAAGUGUAAAUUACAAGUACAUCUAUAUUAUUAUGCUAUAUAUGUACUGGAUAUCAAAAUAAAUUAGAAAUCUUUUCUUUACAUAACUUGAAUUUUCUGUUGUUCUUCUUUGCACCUUAAUUAUAGUGCAAAUUUUAGAUGAAUAUAUAUUAAAAAA